AUGCUCCGCCGCCAGCCAACAGCUAUCACUGUAACCUCUGAAGAUAUUGCUGCUUUCGAGGAGGUGAGACUUCGCAAACUAGAAGAGAACCGACACCCUGAACAAGCCACGGGCAAUUCCAAUGUCAAUUUCAAUUUCGACCCCAGUGAUGAAUUGAAACCAUUGCCCGGAGACAAGGCAAGGAUCGUCCGGUCCCGUGAAGAAAGAAUAGGUCUCAGUCGCCGUGGUUGA